UUUUAAAUUUGUAGUAAAACUUAUUACUUCGUAUUUCGUUUACCCGAUCACAAAAAUUCUUCGAUGGGUCCCGCCGAUCUCCCCGGGCCACCACUAAACGUGGCGGGGCUGGUGUCGGCGCGGGCACUGAAAACCGAAGGCCACCGAGUCGUGGUCUACGAGAAAUCGGACCGACUCGGCGGCACAUGGGCCUACGACCCGCUGAGCCUCGACCCGGAUAGGGAGAUCGUGCACAGCAGAAUCUCUUUAUGGCCGGAAUUGAAUGGAGAAGUUGUUUUCGAAGAUGGUGCGGUCGUUCAUGCAGAUAUCAUCCUCCACUGUACUGGUUGACGAAGGGGAAAGAACACAACCUAUGUGGAAGCAAAAAUCUCGAAG